AUAGAGAGUCAAAUCAGAAGAAGGAAGUGUGCCCUAAAGGCAGCUGAUCUGCACCAAAUUUGAGGCAUGGAGUCGAAAUAUUUACAUCUUUCUAAUAUCGUCUUAUUGAUUAUUACUGUGCCACAGAUAUGCAAAGCACAUGACAUCACGUUAUCCGUGUUCACCGUCACUUCCAAAAGUAUGACGGUCCGUUGGAGCGGACAUACCGGCGCGAGCUCGUACAAAAUCACCGCCACGCCGAAAAACUCCCCAGAGCCGUCGGUUUUCGCGCAGUUCAGCGGCAGCACGGUGAUGGGCUCCGUUAACUCGUUAUCCCCGAACACUGUGUACAGGAUGCGGGUCGAAGCCAUGGACAACGCGGUGAACGUGCUCAGCAGCGCCGAAACGGAGGAGACGACAGCUCCUGAGGUCCCCCUCAUAUACCAGGCUUACUCCAAACACAGUGACAGCAUCACAGUGGAGUUCGGUGUGGUGUCUGGUGCCACCAGCUACAUCAUCCGGGCAGAGAACGAGGAUGGGUUCUUCUCUGCAAGCCUGCUCUUCUCUGAAAGCCUGGUGAACACUUCCCCCGGGACAGUGGUUGGUCUGCUACCUUACACCCAAUACACCCUCAGCGUGAUGUCCGUCAACACUGGGGGAAGGAGUCAGCCUUCUCUAACUGUGAAUGCUAGGACAGUGUUGGUAGCCCCAGAUCUGAUUUCCAGCUCCCCCAGCAGUGACAUCAUUGUGAUAGAGUGGAAUCCAGUGGACCAUGCUGUGCUGUACAGCCUGGUCAUGACCAUGGAGGGCUCAGACACGCGGGUCAGACUCAACACGUCUGAGACCAAUAUGACCUUCACUGACCUUCAGCCUGGCACCACCUACAGCAUCAAGGGCAAUGCCUGGGAUCCAGAUGGUAACCAAGGAGAUGACAUCACUGUCUACCAAAUCACACGUGUGGUGGUGCGGCCCUGCAGUGAGACACAAGGAUGCAAUAACACCUGUAGUGCACAUACACGCCGAACAGCUCCCUGUGCCCCUGUGAUCCUCAACGUGACUCAGGUGAACUCUUCCACGGUGGAGGUGUUCUGGAUGGCUAAAAACACCGAGGCUAACUACACUGUGAUCGCCAUAGGUCUCCCCCACUUGCUCACCUGCUCAUCCAGCGGCACUUCCUGCUACAUCAGUGUGUCCUGUGGAUCCACAUAUGACGUCAGCACCUACGCCACAACCACAGCAGGACAGAGUCUUCCCAGCUACUCCAUUCCCCUGGAAACAGGACCCUGUUGUCCAGAAACUCUGAGUGUUGAGCAGGUGACCCAGUCUAUGACAAACAUCACUUGGUCGGCUGCCACAGGGGCGCGGUCUUAUGUCACCUCUUUGACAUCCCCCAGAGGUCACGCCAGAUGUCACACCAUGGACAACCACUGCCUGCUGGGAUGCAUCACAUGUGGCACCAGCUACAAUGUGUCGCUGGAGGCCUUCAGCAUUACUGGACAUAAAUCAGAGUGCAGUUACCACGGUUUCUCUGCAAGUGCGUGUUGUCCGUCCAGCGUGAGACUCUACCGGAUGGAUAACAACACUCUUCGGGUGUACUGGCGCUCUUCUCCAGGCCUGUACAACUACACAGCCGACCUGCACGGUACCAGAUCCAACCACACCUGCAGUGCCACAAAUGGGGCUCAUGGAUGUGACAUCUCUGAGAUCCUGUGUGGGGAAGUAUACACUGUCGUGGUCGCUCCCUUAACACAAGAGGGUUUGAAGGUCACAUACUGCCCCAGAAGACUCUACUCAGUCUCCUGUUCUGGAAACACUGUGGGAAUGGUGAUCUAUCGAGGCCGGAGGAGUGUGGACUAAAACCUUUUUGGCACAGAUGAAAGAAGAUGGAGCUCUGACGUCAUCAAUGGAGACAACAGGGCAUUCUCUUCUCACCACUUUCAUCUCGCCACAUUUAUAUACUGUUUGCCAGCAAUACCUAUAACAAUUGGCUCAAUGAAAAUGUAUGUGUAUCUUUAAGGUCUUUUAAACAUGACAACAAAAAUAUAUAUUUUUCAAUCAAAUUGUUAACCAUUUCUAAAUGUGUGAUAUUUUAUACAUACAUUUCCUUUGUAUUAUGAAGUUUGCAUUUAUACUGUAAUUUCCUGAUAUUCAAAGCAUGUCAUGAAGCCCAAAUGUUUACAUGUCCAAAAAAAGUAAUAUCAUAAUGUCACAAGAAAAAUGACUAUGUUAAUGUAGUGUAAUGAUUCGAACAACACUAUAAGCAUUUGUAGGAAUUCCCCUAAGCAGCAAGCCUCCAAAGGGAGUGGACCAGUGUGUUUUAUACAGGGUAGACCUCCUCUGAACUAGGAUGGGAAAUUCGAACAGCACAAGUUUCAUGUUCAGUGUCCGCCCCAGGUCAUGUGUACUUUGGAUGAUAUAUUACAUUGAAUUUGCAAAAUAUGUAUGUUUACUAAUGACCUACAGCCUGAGAACCUCAAUACAAUAGCAGCCUUUAGUACUCUUAAUAAACAGCAUGAAGCAUUA